GUCGCGGACGGACGUCGUCUGUCGCCGGCGCCCCGCUACUGUGCUGCCAUACCCGCCGCAUCGCUCAUCGCGUCCGCCUCAGUCAGGCACCGGCCGACAUUUUACAUUUGGAUUUAACUUAAAGUUGGUUCGACCCGGACAGGAAUCUAGUAUGGGGUGGAAGUAAAUGUAAACCACUCCGUUUGUUUCCUGCGCAAAUCAGAACCGUACCGGCCGAAACAUGAAUAAGGGAACUGCGAAGAAAAUUAUGAUUGCUGGCAUCAUCAUAGCCAUCCUAUCAAUAAUUGUAGGAUGGUUCGCCUUUCCAGCACUUGUCAGCAUGAAAAUUUCAAAGAGUGUUGCACUCAGAAAACCCAAUGACAUGAGGCAAAUGUGGUCCAAGUCCCCAAUCGCUAUAGAUUUUAAGGUCUACAUGUUCAACGUGACAAAUCCCGAGGAGGCUGCUAAAGGAGAAAUUCCGACGGUGACGGAAGUUGGACCCUACUAUUAUCAUGAGUGGAAGGAGAAGGUAAAUUUGGAGGACCACCCUGAAGAGGACACUGUCUCCUUCCGCAUGAAGAACACCUUUUUCUUCAACAAGACUAUAAGCGCGCCGCUCACUGGCGACGAAAUGAUCACCAUCCCACAUGCCGCUAUGCUGAGUAUGGUCUAUACAGUGGAGCGCGAGAAACCGGGAGCGUUAAAUCUACUGGCGAAGGGAAUUAAAUUUUUGUUUAACAACCCAACGACGCCGUUCCUCACUGCGAAGGCCCGCGACAUUCUUUUCGACGGUGUGCCGAUCAACUGUACCUCCAAAGACUUCGCUACCGCUGCCAUAUGCACGAUGAUCCGUGCAAAUCCCUCGGGACUCAAGCCAGUGGGCGAUGACAUAUUCCUCUUCUCCUUUUUUGGAAUGAAAAAUGCGACGCCGGACGCAACAAAGCUUGAGGUAAAACGGGGAGUGACUGACCCUCAAGAGGUCGGCCUGGUUGUCAAAGUCAAUGAUAAGGAGAAGAUGACCACGUGGAGCGGAGACCCAUGCAACACACCGACCGGCACGGAUUCCACAAUUUUCCCGCCAUUUUUAGAGCAAAGUAAUGAUAUUGUCGCCUUCUCCACGGAUCUUUGCUUAUCUAUCGGCGCAAAGUUCGAGAAAGAAGUUGUGUUCAAGGGAAUUCCCGGCAAUCGGUAUACAGCCACCCUGGGGGACAUGUCGUCUGAUCCUGAAAUGCAGUGCUAUUGCCCUGCCCCUGAUAAAUGCUUAAAGAAGGGCAUUAUAGACCUUACAAAGUGUGCAGGAGCACCGAUCGCUGCUUCACUCCCACAUCUGUAUGAGACACACGAAGAUUAUCAAAAAAUGGUCAAAGGUCUGCAUCCGGAUGUAGACAAGCACGGCAUCAACAUGAUUUUUGAGCCGAUGACAGCUACCCCUGUCAGCGCUCGGAAACGAUUGCAGUUCAACAUCUUCACGCAUCCUGUGGCUAAAAUUGCCGUCAUGAAAACAUUUUGUACUGCUCUUAUUCCGAUUUUUUGGAUCGAGGAGGGCGUCGAUCUGCCGGAUGACUUCGUCAACCUAUUGGAGACGCAGCUGUUCAGAACGCUGCGCAUCGCUGCUGUUGGUCGGUGGAUAGGCGUCGGUCUGGGCUGCCUGCUCGCUCUGGGGGGCCUAGCCGUCUAUAUUCUUCAACGGCAGUCGGUGACCAUCACGCCAUCACCAACGAAAGUACAGGAGAUGAAUGGGCGUCAUUGAGCCGUGAGAGGUAUUUGCUCAAAUUCAUGUAAUAUGCGUUGCUGACUGAAUCGCUCAGGUAUGGCUACGGGUUCGAGUAGUAUGGCGGGUCUCGCGAAAAACCGUUAUUAUCCUUGACAAGCGACUGGCGUGUGCCAUCGUCGGACCUCCCUCUCCACCCUCUAUUAUUUUUUUAAUGUUCCUAAAGACGCUGUAAGACCAAAGCGAACUGUGUGAUAAAGCAAUGGGAGUUUUCGUAGAAGCGUUUCUUGGAAAUCCGUGCGCAAGUAGAACCACGAGGCCAUGCGGGUCAUGGCGUCGUGUGGGAAUUAUGCCCUUUGCGGUAGUCAACCUAAAGCAUGCGAAAAUCCCCACACCCUUUCAACGUGUUUAUUGGUCACUAGGGCCCGUAUGCACAUAUUCACAAGUGGCACUAAGCACCAGUAUUUGAAAUGCAAAAAUGUCCGGGAAAUUUGGCAAGUAAUUGUAUAAGAAACGCAUGCAUGAAUGUUUCCAUAGAAACACAACGUAACAUUCUAUAAAUUUGUCGUAGUUAUUAACCACAUUUUCAAACAUGGUAAAAUCAUGCCACAUUUGGAAGUUUUCACUAAGAAAUAAAGUGUUCAACUAGCGUGCACAUGCAAUUGCUCAACAAUGUGUUGCACACUCUUUAGUGUUUAACUGGAUAUUUGAAUAUAUCGAUGUGUUCAACAGUACAUGUAAACACUUUACUGUGUCCAAAGCUUCAUAGCCAACUCUGAUGUUGAACACUUUUAAGUGUCUGAUGUUGAACACUUUCAAAUGUCUGAUGCUGGACACUUUUAAGUGUUCAAGUUUAAUGUUGAACACUUUAUAGUAUUCAAAUAUCAAGUGAAACAGUUGAACGUGUGCAACAUAGUGUUGAGCACUUGCAUGUGCACGUCAGUUAAACACUUUACUUAUCAGUGUUCACGUAUGAAACGAUCCAGUGAUUACGUUUUCACUUCUACAAUGUUUAUGCAUUUCUCGUGAUGUAUUAUAAGUUUAGUUCGAUGUAAUAUAAGGUCACCGUUGCAGUGACAGCAUGACCAUGACCGUGAUUUUUCUGUAAGUUACCAUAUUUUUAAUGUGUGUUUUUUGGAGCGCGGUCAUUGUUUUCGAGUUUUCGUGGUUUUAGUUGCCGUCGCCUGAUCAGAUCUUUUCUCCAAGUUGUCUAGGUACUAAAGUCAGGUGCAGCCAAAUUUCAUUAGAAAUUGUUAUUACCUUUAAGGCUGUGACUUGGUGGCUAUGGGAAUACUGAGUGUGACCAUUCUGAUUGUAUUCUGAUUCUGUAUGUGGUGCACGUAGAUACUAGCAUAGCGAGGAAUACAGCGUAAGUCAAAUAUUUUUCAAUAAAUGUCGAAUUAUUUA